GGCACCGGGAUGAUGAUGAAUUCGGUGGUUUUUCUGUUGCCAGAAUGACAUAUAACCGUAUCUAAAUUUAGUAAAACCAUGGGGUCACUUCCCCUGCAGCUUAUUUCUAGCAAAUUGGUGAAGUGGUUCUAUCAGAAGAGGCAAUCCCAUGUGAGCAUCAAACUACUUAUGUUUCUAACUGGACCACAAUCUACUUAACUUUCCUCAGCCAAUAAUUUUCCAUCACCACAAAUUUGUUCUCCAUCAGGGUAUAUAUAUGUGUAUCCACUCCAAGUUUAUAGCAUAGCUCAAUCCAGCAAAAAAUUUUGAAAUCACCAAUCUCCAGCUUCAUUCCUUGCUCCAUUUUGUAACAUUUUUUGUAUCUUUUUUGUUUACAUCCAAAUUUACAAACAGAGAUAUGGCCAUCCGUUUGCCUCGUGUUCUUCAAGCUAAGCAACUCUUGAAGCGGGCUAAUUCCUUCACAUCCAACAAUGCUUCAUCAGUAGAUGUUCCAAAAGGUUUCUGCACGGUUUAUGUGGGAGAAAGUGAUGAGAAGAGAAGAUACGUGAUUCCCAUUGCUUACCUGAACCAGCCUUCAUUCCAAGAAUUAUUGAGCCAAGCAGAGGAAGAAUUUGGUUAUGAUCAUCCAAUGGGGGGUUUGACAAUCCCUUGCAGAGAAGACAUCUUCCUUGAUCUUACUUCUCGGCUUAGUCGAAAUUAAACGUAUGAGUUCAUUAGUUCAUGGCGGUGGAGUACUUUGUUAGAGUUGAGACAGUGAACCAAAAUUUUGUAACUUAAUUAUGCAGAGGAAAAAGAUAAAGAGUAGAUCUCAGUGAUGUACAUACAGUUAUAAGCUCCCUGCUUUUAACAUUUAGGCACUCUUUUUACAUCAAUUUGAACUUAUAUUGACAGUCCUUUUUAGCCUAUUAUUUUUCGCAUUUUCAUGGAAACCAUAAAGUUGAAUUAACCGUUGGCUCUUGCUCCAAUACGUAACGCCA